AUGUCGAUCGUAGAAGCGAUGCAGAAGUUUUGGAAGCGGCUUCGAGUGAUGGACCGAAACGAUAUUUUGCGUUACAAACAUGUGUGGUACGUGCCGACUCUAGAACAUCUCUCAGACGACACGCAAACGCUAUCGCACGGUUCCGGUGCUAGCAGUGGUGACGAGGACGAUGCCUUUCGCAUCAGGAAGGGCGAGCACGUGGCGUUUCGAUUUGAAAUGUUCAAUUCACUCGGCGCGGGAAAUUUCGGUCAAGUUGUGCGUUGCUUUGACCAUAAAUAUAAGCGCGAAGUGGCACUUAAACUGAUUUCUCCUGACGAAACAUUUGCGAGUCAAGCUCGCGUGGAAGUUUCGGUGCUCAAACGUGUCGAAGGUGGUUCGAGUCGCGUAGUGAAGAUGUUCGAGCAUUUAAAGUUUCGCGGUCGAUUGUGCGUUGUGUUUGAGCUGCUUCACAUCAACUUGUACGAGUUCUUGGAAGCCCGCGCGUUCGCGAAGUUAGAUAUUCAACACGUCCGCCAUAUCGCUCGGCAAAUGGUGGAUGCGCUCGUGUACCUCAAACACAUGCAAGUGGUGCACUGUGACAUCAAACCCGAAAACAUUUUGCUAGAACAUCCUGGCUCGUUCGAUGUCAAACUCAUCGACUUCGGAAGCGCGUGUUUUCAGGGAAAACAAGUGUAUACGUACAUUCAGAGCCGAUUCUACCGCGCUCCGGAAGUCAUGCUCGGAAUCGAUUACGGCCAUCCCAUUGACGUAUGGAGCUUGGCGUGCGUUCUCGCCGAGCUUGCCACUGGCAAAACUUUAUUUGUGGGCGACGAUGAGGCACGCCAGUUAAGCGCGAUCACCUCGCGGAUUGGGCCUCCUCCACGCCGCAUUCUUAGCUCGGCAGCACACUCCGAUCGCCGAGUCGACUUUCAUGUGUGCGAGUCGUCGUUUGCGAGAAGUCGACGAGACGACAAACGUAGCGAUCGGACAUCCUCAAAGCACAAGCCGCGAAGCAAGCGCACGAAAGUCAUCGAUAUCGACGACGAUCGGUUCAACGCAUUUCUACUACGAGCGCUGCACUGGAAUCCGUCUCGACGGUUGACGCCCGACGCCGCUCGGCGGCAUAGUUUCCUGCAAAAACGUCAAGCCGUCGUUGGUGAGGCCGCAGUCGACGACGCGGUGCGCACCGGGCGCGAGCUUCAAACCACGAGAUGA